GCCGGGAUCUCGCGAGAGCUGCCUGGGGCCGUUGGGCAGCGUCUUCGCUGUUGCCUUUAGGGACGGCUGUGGGCCGGCAGGUGGCUGGGGCUCGGAGCGCCAGAGAUGGCAGCUCAGCGAGGGAUACCGAGCUCCGCCGUGAGGGUGCUGGAAGAGGCGUUGGGCAUGGGUUUGACCGCAGCUGGGGACGCGAGGGACACGGCGGACGCGGUGGCGGCUGAGGGCGCCUACUACCUGGAGCAGGUCACCAUAACUGAAGCAUCCGAAGAUGACUAUGAAUAUGAAGAGAUACCAGAUGAUAAUUUUAGCAUCCCAGAAGGUGAAGAAGAUCUAGCAAAAGCAAUUCAGAUGGCCCAAGAACAGGCUACAGAUACUGAAAUUUUGGAACGGAAAACAGUUCUUCCUUCAAAGCCUGCAGCACCUGAAGUAAUAGAAGACUUUCUCUGCAAUUUCUUGAUCAAAAUGGGAAUGACCAGAACUCUUGAUUGCUUUCAGUCUGAAUGGUAUGAGUUAAUACAGAAAGGAGUGACUGAACUUAGAACUGUUGGGAAUGUUCCAGAUGUCUACACCCAGAUUAUGCUUUUGGAAAAUGAGAACAAAAAUUUAAAGAAAGAUUUGAAGCACUACAAACAAGCAGCUGAGUAUGUUACUUUUUAAAUGACAUUUUCUUGUUUUUCUUUUGGACUAAAUAGUUGAAUGAAGUUGAUUAUGUGUAAUGUACCAGAGCCUUAAUUUUGGAAAACUGGAUUUUUCUAGUUAUAAAAAAUGUGAAAGGCUUCACUAGCAAAUUAAUUAAACAGAUGAUCAGAACUAUCACAAUUGUAACUUACCAACAAGAAGGGAAUGCAGGGAGUUGUUUAGGAGAUGGUACAUUUGUUAUAUAAUAUUCACUUCCUUAUGUAUUUGAUAAUCUUUUUGUGGUUUAUAACAUUUUCUCCUGUAAAGAGGCUAAUUUCUGAAAUAAUAAUUAAAUUUAUAGAAAGCCGAGAGGAAAAUGCUAGUUUAUUCCUAGUAGAGGAAUUUCGGUAUUUGAAAAUUCUCCAGAAGGAAUAAUAUAAACUGUGGACUUUGAGUGACAAUGAUAUGUAGGUUCAUCAGUUGUUAACAAAUGUAUCUGUCUGUUGUGGGCUGUUGAUAAUGGGGAAGGCUGUGCAUGUGUGGGAGUAGGAGGUGUAUGGGACAUCUCUGUAUCUUCUAAUCAAUUUUGCUAUGAACUUAAAACCGCUCUAAAAAUAAAGUUUAUUAAAAAAAUAAAGAGAAUUAUCUA